CAGUCCGCGACUGUCGAACCGGCGCGCGCACGCUCCGUUCAAAAACUCCGCAAAAAAAGUAAAAAAUCUCGAAAAGAGUUCAUACGUGUUUUUGUGUUUUUAAGUGCAUUCGGAAGUUGUUGUGUGUUUGUUUUGAAAAUAAAAACCAAAGAAUCCAAAGUGAGAGUGCGCCAAAACAAAUUUAAAUCACAGUGCUACCAACGUUACGAAACGAUUUUUUUUUUAUAUAAGGCUUGGGGCACUCGCCUUUUGAGCCAGUAAGAUAAAAGUGCGAGACAGUGCAACCAACCGAAUGAGCGAACGUGAUGCGAUGCAGAGGCAGCUCAGCAAUGUCUCCUUCCACUCCUAUCAGGAUUACCAACCUUCCAGGCGAUAUGGGCCACAGUAUGAGCCGGGAGGGUACGCGACGAUUGUGCAGCAGCGUACAAACAUGACGCAACGAGAGGACGCGCUCAAAUUCGAGCAGGGCCGCAUCAAAGCGCUGCAAGAGGAACGCCUGCACAUCCAGAAGAAGACCUUCACGAAAUGGGUCAACAGCUUCCUGCAGAAGGCCCGGAUGGAGGUAGACGACCUCUUCGUCGACCUUGGCGACGGUCGUCGGCUGCUCAAGUUGCUGGAGAUCAUAUCCGGCGAGCGACUCCCGCGCCCCAACACCGGGCGCAUGCGCGUACACAAGAUCGAGAACGUCAACAAGAGUCUCAGCUUUCUACACACUAAGGUGCGACUGGAGUCGAUUGGCGCGGAGGAUAUAGUGGACGGCAAUCCUCGGCUGAUCCUCGGCCUGGUGUGGACCAUCAUCCUGCGCUUCCAGAUCCAGGAGAUCGAGAUUGAUGUCGACGAAGAGAAUGAAUCAUCAGAGAAGAAGUCAGCAAAGGACGCGCUGCUGCUGUGGUGCCAGCGCAAGACCUCCGGCUAUCAUGGAGUACACAUCCAUAACUUUACCGACUCCUGGCGAUCGGGUCUUGGGUUCAACGCGCUCAUUCACGCUCAUAGACCGGACCUGUUCCGCUGGUCGGAGGUCCCGACUACGGACCACGUGGAGACGCUUAACCACGCCUUCGACGUCGCGCACAAGAACCUCGGCAUACCCAAGCUGCUUGACGCCGAAGAUGUAGACACGACCCGCCCUGAUGAGAAGUCAGUCAUGACGUAUGUGGCGAGCUACUACCACACGUUCGCGCGAAUGAAGAACGAACAGAAGUCUGGCCGCAGGAUCGCUAAUAUAAUCGGCCAGUUAAUGGACUGCGACGGCCAAAAGUCGGAGUACAGCCGGCUGGUGAGCGCUCUUCUGGAGUGGAUCCGCAUGAAGAUAGAGGAGCUGAACGGACGAGACCUUCCCAACUCGCUAGAUGGCAUACAGAGACUGCUACUUGCCUUCAAGCAGUACAGGACCGUCGAGAAACCCCCCAAAUACAAGGAGCGCUCAGAGAUCGAGGCGCUAUACUUCCACAUCAACACGAUGCAAAAGAGCCUCGUCGGCGAGCCGUGGGCCCCGCUGGAGGGGCAGCUCCCACAGGACUUGGAGAGAGCCUGGCAACAGCUCGAACAGGCAGAGCACGCCAGGGAGAUAGCUCUCAGAACAGAACUGCUGCGACAACAGAGGCUCGAACAACUCAACUACAAAUUUAACACUAAGUCGGUACUGCGCAAGGGCUACCUGAAAGAGAUGAUCCAAGUAUUAUCAGACCCGCGGUACGGCUCUAACUUGGCGCAGGUGGAUGCCACCGUGAAGAAACACGAGGCCAUCUCCGCUGAUAUCCUGGCCAGGACGGAACGCUUUGAGGACCUAUCAGCCAUGGCGGCGGAACUGGUCCGGGAGAACUACCACGGGGCGGAGGCGGUGUCCCGGACUGAGAAACAGGUUCUCUCCCGGUGGAAGGAGCUACUGCAACUAUUGGAGAUGCACCGGGAGUCGCUAGGUAAACUGGCCCAUCUGAUGUCUCUGCUGCGAGAGGCCGAUGCUGUCGGGCACACGCUCGUUGAGAUGAAGGCGCAAUUCCAAUCUGAGGAAGUCGGCCGCCACCUGGUGGACGUGGAGCGCCUGCUGCAGGCGCACGCGCUGCAGGAGCUGCAGCUGGGCGCCCUGGACGAGAGCAUCCGGCGGCUGGCACGGCACGGCGCCGCCGCCCCCGGCCCGCCCCAGGUCAGCCAGCAGCUCGCCACGCAGCUGGCCACCGUCGAGGACGCCUACGACAGUCUGGUGGCCGCGGCCAAGGACCGGAAAGCCAGGCUGGAGGAUGCUCGCAACCUGUACCAGUUCCUGGAGGACCACGAUGAGGAAGAAGCGUGGGUGACGGACAAGCAACGCAUCUGCCGCGCCGACGUGGCCGCUAAGGACCUGCGCGGGGUCUUGGCGCUCAAACAGAAACACACGGCGCUGUUGCACGAACUCCGUGCUCGGGAACACGUGUCUCAGCGACACCGUGCCAAAGGACAGAGUUUGAUCGAAGCCAACCACCCUAAGAGCGCGGAGAUCGAGCGCCGGCUGACGUCGCUGUCCCAGCAGUGGGCGACACUCCGCGAACUGGCCGCCGCCAGGGAGAAGCAGCUGGCAGACGCUGCUGAGGCUCACCAGUUCUACGGCGACGCCAACGAGGCGGAGUCGUGGAUGAAGGAGAAGCGCGCGCUGCUGGCCGUGCGCGACUGCGGGCGCGACGCGCCGGCCGCGGCGGCCCUGCUGGCGCGGCACCGCGCGCUGCGCGAGCACAUCACGGCCUACGGGCUGGAGCUGCACGCGCUCACCGCCGCCGCCACCAGGCUCAAGGACAACGGGAUCCACACGCUGCAGUUACCAACGGAGGUGGAGGCCGCCCAGCCCCUGUCAGAGGAAGAGUGGGUGAAUGAGUCCAGGUUGGUGCCCACUGACGUGUGGGAGGAGGAGCCCGUGGAGCGGCUGGAGCACCGCACCGUCACCGAGGAGAGGAGCGUUCCGCAGGUGAAGGCCCUGUACCCGUUCACGGGGCAAGGCAUCUCGAUGGCGAAGGGCGAGGUGAUGUUCCUCAUAAACAAGACCAACCCUGACUGGUGGUCGGUGAGGAAGGCUGACCGCACCGACGGGUUCGUGCCUGCCAACUACGUCAGGGAGAUAGAGCCAAGAGUCGUGCCGGUCCAAGUCCGCCGUCCGGAGAAAGUGCGAACUGUCCAGCGCGUCAAGAAGACGGUGCUGGUGAAGCAAGUGGUGCCAGUCAAGAGGAGCAAGCCGGCGGCGCGCCGGGCGUCGCGUGCGCAGCCCGUCGAGAGAGUCGCCGACGUCGACACCAGGAUACAGGACAUACAGAAGGACUACGACGAGCUCCUCAGUCUGUCGGCGGCGCGCCAAGCCCAGCUGGAGGAUGCGAUAAAGCUGUACAUGUUCUUCGCGGAGUGUGACGACUUCGACAAGUGGAUCCGUGACAAGGAGAAGAUGCUCAGGACCGAGGAGACUGAUGACAGCGUCGAGAACGCCAAGAGGAAGUAUGAGAAAUUCGUGACCGAUCUGUCAGCGGCGUCGAAGCGUUUGGAACACAUUGACGCGGCGGCUGAGGAGCUGGUGGCUGCUAAACACAGCCAGGCGGGCAAGGCGACUGCGAGAAGACAGCAGCUGCGGCAGCAGUGGGAGCGCCUGCUGCGGCUCAAACAGCAGAAGGAAAAGAGCUUGGAGGGAGCUUCUAGCGUGGAGCUGUUCAGCCGCACGUGCGACGAGGCGCUGGACUGGAUGGCGGAGAAGGAGCAGCAGCUGGCGGCCAGCGGCGCGCCCGCCGCCGACCUGCGCACCGUGCGCGCGCUGCAGCGCCGCCACGCGCAGCUGGAGCGCGAGCUGGAGCCGCUGCGGGAGAAGGUCACCACCGUCAGCCUGCUGGCCGACUCCGUGAAGUCGCAGUAUCCGAGCGAGAAGGCGAAUGUGGAGGCUCGCCAGCGCGAGAUCCACGCCAUGUGGCAGCGGUGCCAGGCGCAGGCCGCCGAGCGCCGCAGCCGCCUCGAGAGCGCCGUCGGACACCAGAUCUUUAGAAACAGCAGCACUAUGCUGCAGGAUUGGAUACAGAAAGUGCAAGAUCAGCUGUCCCAGGAGGCGUCAGCCAAGGACGUGGCGACAGCGGAGGCUCUCAAUAAGCAGCAUCAAGAGUUGCUGGAUGAUAUCAAAGCGCACGAUGAUGAGUUCAAGGAGGUGGUAGGUCUGGGUAAGCAGCUGCUGGCGACCAACCCCGCGCUCACCGACGUAGCGGAGAAGAUAGCAUACUUGGAGGAUCAACAGAAGGCCGUGCAGAAAGGCUGGGAGACCAAGGAUAACUACCUGAAGCAGCUGGUGCAGCUGCAGAGCUUCAACCGCGAGGCGGACCAGAUAGACGCGAGCAGCGGCGCGCACGAGGCUUGUCUCGAGUACAACCAUUGCGGGUCGUCGGUGGACGAGGCGGAGGCGCUGCUGAAGCGUCACGAGGAGCUGGAGGCGCGGCUGGCGGCGCAGGACGAGCGUGCCGCCGCCUUCGCCGCGCGCGCUCAGGGCCUCGUAGCGCAGCCGCACUACGCCAGCGAACACAUCAAGGCCCGUGAGCAGGCGGUACUCCAGCGCCGCCAGGCCGUGCGCCAGGCCGCCGCCCAGCGCCGCCGCGCGUUGCUGGCCAGCCUCGCGCACCUGCAGUUCAUCGCGUCUGUGGAAGAGUUACAAGCGUGGAUUGAAGACAAGACAAGAACUGCCAAGGAUCAAAGUUACAGGGAUCUUGCGAAUUUGGAAAGAAAACUGCAGAAACACGAAGCGUUUGAGCGAGAGCUGCAGGCGAACGAGAAACAACUGAGGAAUGUUGAAAGUGUCGGGCAAUCCCUCCAGAAAUCCGACCCGGCGCGUGCGCAGGAGGUGUCGGAGAAGCUGGACGGUCUACACACGGCGUGGGAGGAGUUAGUGGCUGCCUCUAGGGACAAAGGGAGCAAACUGAGACAGGCUGCGGCGCAGAGGAAGCAUCGACGGUCUAUUGACGAUGCGAAGGCUCGCCUGACGGAUUUGGAGCGAGCCCUGCACAGCGAGGAGACCAGCACGGACCUGAGGAGCUGCAAGCGAUUGCUGAACCAACAUCAAGCUCUAGAACAAGAACUGAUCCAAUGGGAGACCCGUGCGCAAGGUCUGUCCUCGGCCGGCGCCGACCUUGUCUCCAGCGGCCACUUCGACGCGCCGGCCAUCGAGCGCGAGUGCCAACAACUGCUACAAGCCACAGAGAAACUGAAGCCGCGCGCUCAGAAGAGGAGAGAAUCGCUGCAGACCAGUUUACAGCUGCACAAGUUCGCGGCGGAGGUGGCGGGCGAGCUGGACUGGCUGUCGGAGCGCGCGGCGGGCGCGGCGGCGGACGCGCUGCCCGGCACGCUGCACGCGGCGCAGGCGCAGCUCAAGAAGCACGACAAGCUGCGCCACGAGCUGCGCGGCCGGCGCCCGCACACCGACCGCGUGCUGCGGCGCGGCCGGGACCUCGUGGACGGCGGCCACCCGCAGGGCGACAAGAUCGAGUCACUCUGCAAGGAACUCGAGGACGCCUACUCGUCAGUGUCGAGCGCAGCGGAGGCGCGGGGGAUCAGGCUGGAGGCUGCGCUGAAGGCCCAGCAGUUCCUACACGAGGCCCUGGAGGUGGACUCUUGGUUAGCUGAUAAGGACGCGGCAUUGGCCUCCGCUGACGUCGGCAAUGACAGACAUCGCGCCACGCAGCUGUUGACCAGGCAUAAGGCCGUAGAACUGGAGCUGGACACGUACUCUGCCAUAAUCGCGGAGAUGGGCCACGCGGCCAACAGCAUGGCGUCGGGCGGGCACCCCGAGGGCGCGGCCCUGGUGGAGCGCCACGGCCAGCUGGCCGACAGCCUGGCGCGGCUGCAGCGCCGCGCGCAGCAGCGGCAGAACGCGCUCGUUGAGAGCGUCUGCAGACACGAGUAUCUGGCUGAGAGCGCUGAGCUGGACAGUUGGAUCCAGGAGCAGUACGCGGCCGCCUCCAGCGAGGACUACGGUCAGGAUUAUGAACACCUGCUGAUCCUGCGCUCGAAAUUCGAAGAGCUUCGCCAUCGUGUCGAAAGCGGCGCCGAGCGCUUCAACCAAUGCGAGGAGCUUGCCAACAAGCUAUUGGCUUCAGACAGCCCAUACAUCGAGGACAUCGAGAGACGGCAGGCGGCGCUCGGCGAGUCCUGGCAACGCCUGGUGGACCAAAUCCAGUCCCGGGCAACCCGGCUCCACGCGGCCGGGGAAAUCCACCGCUUCCACCGCGACGUCGGGGAGUUGCUGGGCCGGGCUGCGGAAAAGAAGCUGCAGCUGGGCGCUCCGCCCCCGCCGCGGGACCUCGCCGCCGCCACCGCACUGCUGAGGAACCAUGACACUAUUGAGAACGACCUUGUUGCUAUAGAUGCGCAGAUGCAGGUGCUCCAAGAAGAAGGUGCGCGGCUGCAGAAGCUGUACCCAGGUGGGAACGUGCAGCAGAUACGGCUCCAGCAGCGGGCUUUGGAGGAGGCCUGGGCCGCGCUGCGGGCCGCGGCUGACACCAGAAGACAUGUGCUGCACCAGCACUUGCAGUUACACCAAUUCUUGACCCAGGUCCGCGACCUGACGUCGUGGUCCGUGGCGCUGCGCUCGUCGAUGUCCCGCGCCGUGCGCGUGCGCGACGCGGUGUCGGCGCAGGCGGCCCGCGCCGACCACGACGCGGCCCGCGCCGACAUCGACGCCCGCGACGACAGCUUCCGCGCCGCCCUCGACGCCGGCCAGGAGCUGGUGGCGGCGGGACACCCAGCCGCACCUGAGAUCGAAGAGAAGUGCUCCGCCCUGCUAGAGGAGCGCCAGCGGCUGCACGGCGCGUGGGCGGCGCGCCAGGUGGCGCUCGACCAGCUGAUCGACCUGCACUGCUUCCUGCGGGACGCCAAGCUGCUGCACGACCUGUGCGCGGCGCAGGAGGCCGCCCUCAGCACAGAGAUCUCCCCGACAAGCAGCGUAGAGGAGGUGGACAACCAACUCAAAAAGCACGAAGCGUUCUCGAAGCUUCUAGCGACACAGGACGAGAAACUUUCGACGCUGAGCUCGCACGGGGACAAACUGCUACAACAGAACCACGUGGAGAGUCAAAGGAUAGCAGAGGAAUUAGCUGCGGUCACUGAGAGAAGGAAGAAGCUGUACGUGGAGGCGGCGCGGCGCCGCGCGCUGCUGCAGCGCACGCGCGCACGCGCACAGUUCGCGCGCGACGCCGCGGAGACGCGCGCAUGGGUCGCAGACAAGCUGGCCAAGCUCGCCGCUGACCAGCACCAAGGCGAAGUAACCAGCCUAGAAGACAAAAUCAAGAAACUACAGAAGCACCAGGCGUUCACCGCUGAGCUGGCAGCCAACAGCGCGCGGCUCCAGGAGAUACAGGAGCUGGCCAAGCAGCUGACUCCAGACGAAGAAGUCGAGAAGCAGCUGCAAGAGCUGCAUAAGGACUGGCAGCUGCUGGAGCAGGCUACUGAGCAGAGAGGUCGUGGCUUGGAGGAAGCUCAAGAUAUCUUAGAGUUCAAUAACCAACUGGAUAAGAUUGAAGCCUGGAUCAGAGAUAAAGAAAUGAUGGUGCAAGCGCACGAGCUGGGCCGCGACUACGAACACUGCAGCGCACUCCUGCGCAAGUUGGACGACCUUGACUCUGAUAUGAAGGUGGAUGACAAGCACGUCAAAAAUAUCUGCGCGCUCGCCGAUAAACUGCUGCAACAGGGCCCGACGCAGCAGGCGGCGGCGGUGGCGCAGCGCCGCGACGCCUUCCUGGCUAAGUGGCGCGCGCUCAGCGGAGCCCUGCAGAAGUACAGGAACAACCUCAACGCUGCACUAGAGAUACACUCUUUCAACAGAGACGUAGAGGACACAGCCGAGCGCAUAUCCAAGAAAGCAGCGCUGUUCAGCAGCUCGGAUUGCGGCCGCGAGUUGAGCGCUGCGCAGGAGUUGAAGCGCAAGCACCUCGCGCGCGUUGCUGAGGCGGGCGCUGUGAGGGACAAGAUACAGCAGCUGGAGAGCGAAGGGCGCACAUUGGCCACCAACCACCCCGAGCACGCUAAAGACAUAGAGGCGUCGGUAGCGUCUCUCCGCGAGGGCUGGGAGAAGCUACAGCAGCUCGCCGCCGCCCGCACCGCCAUGCUGGACGAAGCUAUCGCUGAACACAAGCUGGACGACAGCCUGAAGGAGUUGGAGCUGUGGGUAUCUGAGAGCGUGAAGCGGAUGUCAAACAUCGCGCCGCCGGAGACCGUGGCUGACGCGGAGGCCCUACUCGAGCUGCAUAACGAGAGGAAGGCGGAGAUCGACGGGCGUCAGAAGGCGAUUGUGGAGCUCCAGAAGGAGGCCGAGCAGGCUCCAGAGAAGCUGCAGAAGGUCCAGCAGUUGUCGGCUACACUCAGCACGGCGUGGCAAGACCAAAAGGCGCACCUCACACAGGCGCAUCAAUUGCAGCUGCUGAAGGAGCAAGCGAGUCAGAUAGAGGACUGGCUCGCCGCCAAGGAGGCUAUACUCAACAACGACGAUCUGGGUGAAGAUCUCGAUGCGGUGGAGGCCCUGAUCCGCAAGCACCAGGAGUUCUCGAAGCUGCUGGAGUCGCAGCUGGAGCGCGUGUCGUCGCUGCAGCAGCUGGCGCGCGGCGUGCAGCCCGCCGACGCCGGCCGCCUGGCCGCCGUGCUGGCGCGCCGCGACCGCCUGCUGGAAUCCUGCAAACACCGCGGCUCCAUGUUGGAGCAGUCGAAGCAACUACACCAGUUCCUGCGCAGCCUUAACCACGAGCGGGAAUGGAUCGCGCUGAAGAUGCAGGUCGCUACGGACCAGAACUACAGAGAACUAUCGAACCUUCAGAGCAAGAUCCAGAAGCACGCAGCUUUCGAAUCGGAGCUCGCUGCCAACAAGGGACGGAUUGAUGACGUGGCCAACCACGGCGAAGAACUCAUUGAAAACAAACAUUACGCGGCCAAGGAGAUAGCUACUCAUGUUGAAGAGCUGGAGAACCAGUGGAGAGAACUGCAGGCGGCAGCGAAGCUACGCCGCGAGCGUCUCCAAGAAGCGUACCAAGCGCGGGUGUACCUUCGCGGCCUUGACGACUUCACGGGUUGGCUGGACGAGGUGGAGGCGCAACUACUGAGCGAAGACCACGGCAAGGACCUAGCAUCAGUAACAGCGCUCCUGAAACGCCAUUCGCGGCUAGAGCAGCAGCUCACCAGCAAAGCUGAAACUGUGACACAGCUGUCGGACAACGCGCGCCAACUGGCCGAGAGCAAACACUUCAUGGCUCAGGAAAUACUGGCUAAAGCGGAACAUGCUGUUAACAGAUAUCGCCAGCUACAAGAACCAAUGCAGAUCCGGCGAGACAACCUGGAAGACGCCGCCCAGAUGCAUCGCUGGGAGCGGGACGCCGACGAGGAGAUGAGAUGGCUCCGCGAGCGUGAAGGCGCGGUCCGCCAGGAGGAGGCCGGGAACACGCUGGCUGAAGCGCAGGCGCUGCUCAAGAAACAUCUCGCGUUGGAGGCUGAACUCAUUGCCAGGGAGCCUGCAAUAAAGGCUGUGUGCGGUCGUGCCGAGCAGCUCUCCCGGAGAGGUCACUUCGCGGGCGCCGCGCUGGAGGCUCGGGCGAGGGACCUGCUGCUUACCAUGCGGACGCUGAGAGACGCCGCCGCCGCCAGGACCACGAGGAUACAGGACCGGUGCGAGCUGCUACAGCUGCUAUCAGAAAUCUCGGAGGCCGAAGUAUGGCUUAUGGAGCGUCGUACUGCCCUGGCUUCGAGCGACGUGGGCCGUGACGAGGACUCGGUCUUGGCGCUCACCAGACGGCUGGAAGCCGCCCAACGCGAGCUGGCUGCCUUCGACGCCACAUACACCAAGCUGGAGCGAGCUGCAUCGAUUCUACAGGAGAAAUCCCCGUCGGAUGCGGAGCAGCUCCGUCAGAAGAUGGAUGAGCUGAAGACAUUGUUUGAGGAUAUGAAGCUGCUCUGCGCCAAGCGACAGCAGCGGCUGCAGCAGAGCCUCAAGUACUUCAAGUUCGUGCAAGAGUGCGAGGAAGUCCAGGAAUGGAUCAGUGAGCAGAUGUCGGCUGCUGCCAGUGAGGAGUAUGGACUGGACGUGGAACAUGUCGACACUUUGCAGCAGGCGUUUGAUAACUUCCUGGCACAAUUACACGCCAACGAGGGUCGUAUAGAAGCUGUCUGCGAGGCAGGCAACGUGCUGCUGGAGGAAAACGCGCCGGAAGCUGACAAGGUCCGGCAGAGGACUGAUGACAUACGCGGACUGUGGGACGACCUGAAGGAGCUGGCGUUGGCCAGGCAGGAGGCUUUGGCCGGCGCCCGCCAAGUUCACGAGUUCGACCGCUCAGCAGACGAGACAGCCGCGUGGGUGGAACAGAAGGAGUCUUCCCUCGCCGCCGAGCAGGCCGCGCCGCGCUCCCUGCACGCGCUGCACGCCAGCAGGCAGCGGCUGAAGGCGCUCCACGCGGACCUGGACGCUAUCAGAGCGCAGCAUGAGAGGCUCAAGCAGGAAGCUGAUCGGCUGGGCACAGCGUUCCCAGACGCCAAGGAGCACGUGUGGUCCAAACUGGAGGAUGUGACCGAGGCGGUGGAGAACCUCGCGGCCCGCUGCGACCGCGCCUCGCACCAGCUGGAGCUGGCCGGGCACCUGCAGGCGUACUUCGGGACUUACCAGGAGUUGCUCGCGUGGACGAACGAGACCCUGGCCCGGGUGACGGCGCCCGAGCUGGGCGGCGACGUGGCGGCGGCGGAGCGCCUGCUGGCGCGGCACCACGACAUCCGCGCCGAGAUACAGGCCAAGGAGGACGCCUUCAACACGCUCUACGCUGAUGGCGAGAAGCUGAUCAAAGAGGGCCACUUCAUGUCCGGCGAGAUCGAGGAGCGCAUGUCGUCGCUGCGCGCGCGCCGCGAGGCGCUGGACGCGGCGUGGGCGGCGCGCGCCCGCAUCUACGAGCAGCACCUGGACGCGCUCGUCUUCAAGAGGGACGCCGACGCGCUGGACACCUGGAUACAGACCAGGGUGCCACUUGUCCGCGACGGCAAGUACGGUGAGAGCGUCGCCCAGGUGGAGGAGCUGAUCAACCAGCACGAGCACCUGGAGCAGACCAUUGACGCGCAGAAAGACAAAUUCUACGCUCUGAAGAGGAUCACACUGCUGGAAAAGGCGUUUAAGGAACAACAGGAUGAGGAAGAAGCGGCCAGGAGACGUUCAGCGGAGAAGCAGGAGCAAGACCGCCUGGCGCAGUACAGGCGACGGGAGAUGGAGCGCAUCGCUGAAGAGAGACGCAAGGAGACCGCGCCGCCGCCGCCGCAGCUGGAGAGAGAGAUAUCCCGCGAGACGGAGCGCUCUGCGCCGGCGCACGCGUCGUCGGAGGAGACCCUGUCCCCCGCGCCGCAGUUCGAGCGCCUCCCCAAGAAUGAGCCGCACGUGAAGCGCGCCGAGAGCAUGAGUGUGGUGAAGACACCCAAGCGCACCCCAUCGUUCACAACCCGUCGCCGCACGCAGAGCUUCCGGCGACACCGCCGCGGCGACAUCGCCGACCUGCCGCCCGUCGAGAUUGAAGGCUAUCUGGACCGCAAGCAGGAGUGCGGUUGCGGCGGCAAGCGCGCCACUGUGCGGUCGUGGCGCUCCUACUACUGCGUGCUGUGCGGACAGUUGCUUUGCUUCUUCAGGGAUGAGCUGGACUUCGCCAGCGCCAAGGCUGCGGCGCCGCCUGUAGCCAUCCUCAAUGCCCGAUGCGAGCCAGCAGGUGACUACACGAAGCGCGCGAACGUCUUCCGUCUCGCCUGCGCCGACGGGGCGGAGUACCUGUUCGCUUGCACGAGCCAAGAGCUGAUGGCGGAGUGGGUGGCCAAGCUGGGCUUCCACGCCCGCCUGCCGCCGUCGCUGCAGCUCACGCCGUACUCGCAGGAGGACCAAGACCCCACUGCUGAGCUGAGGAGGAGGCUGCACCAGAACGCUUCGUCGUCAUCAUCAGCGGCCUCGUCGCCGGAGCCACAACGCAAGCCGCGCACACAGGCCGAGAUACUGCAGGAGCACAGGAACAGCCAACAACGAGCCUCGAACACGCCCGACAGGAAUAUUGAAUCGUCGGUCCUCCCAUCGCUACCACCCCGGCAGCCGCCAGAGGAGGACGUGGUCCUCCGCCAGUCAGCGCAGGCCGAGAGCAGCGCGUGGGGACGUUCACGUUUCUCCAACGGACGAGACAUCAAUGCAGAGUUCUUGAAAAGCCAGCGGGAAGCGGAAUUCGCCGCGCCGCCGCUGCCGCUGUCGGGCCCGCCCGAUCGCCCGCCGGCAUUACCCGAACGCAGCAGCCAAUCAGAACGCAACAAUCCAGAAAAACAGUCCGUCACUGCGUUGGUAAACAGCUACCAACAACGCAUGAGGCACCAAGAUGUCAACAGGAACCCGAGUUGGCACCAAAAUACGCAAAACAUGCAAAAUGUACCACAGAAUACGACACAAGGUUUCCAGAAUAACAAUUGGCAGAAUGUAGAGACGACAUCGCAUUUCUACACGGCGAGUGAACUCGCGUAUGGAGGCAACAGCGGAGCCCGGCCUGCGUCGGUGGCCGGUAGCGGAGGCUCCCCGGCGCUGGAUCAGCGGCCGGCAUCCAGGUCUUCAGGCGAAUCCGAACUGUCAGUGACAAGCAAGGACAAGAAAGAUAAGAAAGGCGUCUUCGGGGGACUGUUUAGCCGCAAGAAGAGACCCCAGAGUCACAUGUAAUACCACCUGGCUGUUGGCUUUACGUACCUUUGCCAUGCCAAAAACAGUGACAGAAAAAAACACCGAGGAGUAUGUUUUUGACGCUCAAUUAAACUCGCGCUAAAAUGGAAAUAAAUAAUAAUUUCUUGUCGAAAUUAAUUGAAAAUGUUUAUCGGUUACGUACGCGUAUUUUUUUUCUGUAUUAUUUCUUUCAAUUCGUGUCGAAAAAUUCAAUUUUUAUCGUUUUUAAGUUUAAUUUUCUUUACGCGACCAUCAACAACAUACUCUAAAAGAUUUGGCGGGAAAGAAUUUAACGUCAAAAUAAUUAUGAAAAGCAAAAUAAUGCAUUUUUAAACUUAAUGAUUAUACAUUUAUUAAACGAUAUUUUAAUUCGAAAAGGUUUACAAUUUACGUAUAUUAAAGGAAAGUUGUAGGAUUUAGUAAAAUAAUAAGAAAGUUAGAUGGUAUUUUUAAACCGCCAUUUUGUAUUGGUUUUUUUUUUUAAUAAUUGUUAUAGCUCUGGAAUCUAGCUAUUUUCGAUUGUGGCCUUUUGAAUUUGUACAUAUGUACAACCUUGUUUUAUAUUAACGAAGAUUUUUUGCUGUUGUUAUUAAAAUGUGCCUUGAUCAAUGUGAAAUUUAGCCUUUGGCUUACUAUGUUCAUUUUUGUUUAAUAACUAGAAUGUGUAUUUAGUCCAGUUUAUAUAAACUGUGUUGGACGUUUGUUAGCGCGCAAUUGCGUUGCUGUUUAUGCCUUAUUAGGUAGAUGACUGAGUUCGAAAAUAAAUUAUAAAAUGCUGAAUCUAGAACUAAAAUCCAUUUUUGGUUGAUCAAAAAUCAAUCUCAAUUUUCUUUUUAACUUUACGAAGUUACAUUUAGAAUUAUGUAACAUUAAAAUAUAUUUUAUCGAUGGCAAUGAUGAGAAUAUAACUAUUUUCAUACAAAUUAGUCUUGUUAAAGUUUCGAAGAAAAAGCAAAUCAUUUCACUAGGUUGUCAUCUAGAACACUGAAAGUAGGUAAGUGUUGUUAUAUAGACCAGAAUCGAUCGUCCUAUCUCGACUGUUACAUCGCUAUGCUAGUGAACGUCACAACACUGGCUUCUGUACCUUGACAGAUAUUUGUCGUGGCGCGCAUUGAAGCUAUUCUAAACUUAAAAUAUAAUCACCAAUUGUACUAAACUGGACGUUCUGUAGUACACAUUUUUGGUACUAAAUAAAAAUAAAUUUAAGCGAUUAUAUCAUGCAACAAUAGGUUACCUAACAGUACAUAUUUACCCAAUAAUGCAUGUAUGUCGCUUUAAAACUAUUAUACUGUUUAAUAUUAUAUUAUAUACACUGUAUAACGUAUAUAGAUUUUGACAUUCCCUCAAUUGUUUCAAACAUUGGCUUAUAAAAGACUUUUUAAGACUAUAAAAAAGUAAUAAAAGGGACCAAUUUACUUUUAUUUCUAAAGUUAUGGCCUGGAAUCAAGUCCUUUAGGCCAGACCAAUUUUCUAAUGACAUAUUAGUAUGACCAAUAAAAAAAUCUUUAAAAUCGUAAAGCAAUAAUUAUUUGACAAUAAAAAAGUGUUAAUUGGCUUAAAAAAAGACUUUUUAAGACUAUUAAAAGUAAUAAAAGGGACCAAUUUUUUAAUUCAUUAUUAAAAAAAAUCGUAAAGCAAUAAUUCAUUGACAAUAAAAAAGUGUUAUAAUCUAGUUUUCAUAGUAAGCGCCAUUAUUUCGUAUUUAAUCGUCAUUUUUAUCAUAAUACUUUUUGUUAAAAUAUUAAAAGUUAGCUUGCAUAAUCUAAGAUAUGUCUUUGCCAUUUUUUUGCUCUACGGACAUCACUAUUAUAAUAUUUUUUUCUUUAUUUUAUUUUUAUUUAGUAAGGACAUUUUGUUGUAACGUUAAUAUCAAUUCAUUGCCUUUUAAAAACAUGUUUAUAAGUCUUAAUGUUUCGCCGUCGGAUUUAAUUUGUUUUAUAUUGACAUAAAUGUAAUUUUGUGUCAAUAUUAUCCACCUCGUAACAGAGAUAAUCAGAGGAUAGCGACGUUCACUAAAUGGCGCCACUGAGACAUAAGGUCUAAACCUUAUUGGCUGUAUAGUCUCAAAUCUCUUGCCAACGAAAUCCAUUCUAAAAACGUCAAUUAGUUUUAUUAGCUGUUCGCUCUCCUAAUCUCCUCUUAAAGUACAAUAAUAUCCACCUGAAAUAGUUGUUGUUUAAUGUUGAUUUUUUCAAGUUUAUUAUUAUUAUAUUAUAUAUUUGUUAGUUGUUAUAAUCCGAUGGCGAAUUAUUCAGUUUUUUCUGUCAAAAUGACAUGGCAAAUGUCAUUUUUGUACUCAUUUUUAUAAAUAAACAAAACUCAUAGCAAAAGUAGCCAUCCAAAAUGGCCGACAUAUAAAAAAAACUAUGCUUAACCUAAAGUGCUAUUUCUUGUACUUAUAAAGUUGUCUUAAGCUGUUUUUUUUCUUCACUAUAUAUUUUUUUCUUGUCCAAUCUAUGUCGCUAUUGUAGUAUCCAUAGUAAUUAUUAAUAAUGUGAAAUAUAUUAUUUUUUUCUAUAAUUA